GAUACCGGAAGUGUAACACUUAAUGUUGUCAGAAAACACAGACGCAUGGGACAUACACGGAGUUAGUGAUAUAACAUUUCACCGUGUCAAGUGUUUAUACUAAUUCACCCAGCGGCUGUCAAGCGUCUAAGACUCAAGUGCUUUGAAGACUCGUAUCAUCGCUUCUUUCAUUCGUUCAAGCUGGCAAAAGAGCCUGAAGUUCGCUGUUUAUAAUGUCACAGGCCACCAAACGCAAACACGUUGUUAAGGAGGUUCUGGGAGACUUUGUCACACCCACAGAAAACCAGCAGAUUGUGAAGGUUACUGGUAGCCGUGGCAACAACCUCCAUGAAGCUGUAACAGCUCAAGGUGAGACCUUCCUGUUGAGCAUGCCCACCAAGUUCCGCAAGAACAUCUGGAUUAAGAGAGGUGACUAUGUGAUUGUGGAUCCCAUUGAGGAAGGAGGAAAGGUGAAGGCAGAGAUCAGUUUCAUUCUCUACAAAGAUCACAUUCAGUACCUGCAAGAACAACAGCUCUGGCCAGAGGGGUUUAUUGAGGAGUCAUCGGGGCAGAACAAGACAAACAAACAGCUGGAGACAGAAGAGAAAGACGACGAAGAUGAGGUCAGCAACUCAGAGGAUGAUGAGAGUGACCUUUUUGUGAACACCAACCGUUGUAACUACCAGUACAGUGAGAGUGAGGAGGAGGACAGUGAGGAAGAGGAGGAAGACAAAUAGGGAAGGACAGAAAAAAAAAUGGUUAGAUGCGGUUGGUGACACGGGACAAUUGAGAGCUGUGAAAAUGCUGUGACAGUGACCUCUGCUGAGCUACUGCAUUCACUGACCGAUGCUGCUGAUGAAUGGAAGCAGUGGUCCUCAUGCAGCAGCUCCCUCUGCAGUUGUUUGACAGCCUGAGACGCUCAGUGGCUGUAUUCAUUAAUUCAGCUGUAACCUAUGGACAGAAUGUCUUGCAAGUACAAUUGUUAUCCAAACAAUAAUAAUCCAUCAGAUGUACACAUAGAUUGAUAGAAAUUCUUAAUAAUUACUUUCAACUGCCAUCCCUUUCAUUUCUUAAAUAACCUCCAGUGGAGAAAAGGCACAAAGUGGGGCUUUCCCCCUCCCUCCUGACCUUGAAGAAAAGUGGCUGUAUUCAGUAUUCAGUUUGGAACUCAAACAGCCAUCGACAUGUUUAUCCAUUCCAUAUCCAUUCAUUAUCUUUUCAAGGGUUGCAUUGCAGUGGGACUGGAACCAACCUGUUGACUCUGGGCGAAAGGUGUGGUACACCCUCGACAGGUCACCAGUCAAACAGAUCGAACAGAUCUUACCCCCUAACAGCUAACCACUGUAAAAAACCCAGACUGCAGCUACAGUAAUAUUACAUGCUGAAAAACACCUAGCUCUGUUUAGACUGGUGUACUGGUGAGUGUUGUGAAAACACUUCCACCAAUACUUCAAAUAGAGAUACUGGCAAAUAUUCUCACUUGCUUUUCAGGUAUUUACUUGAAGAAAUUGCAAUAAGAAUGUCAGUACCUUUACGUCCUGUAUUGCCCAAUCUUUGUCUUGAUUGUACUUUUGCUGCUUUUUUCACAAAGAUCCAAUCCAUGUCCUUUGUAUAAAGAAUUAAACAUUUUGUCUAAAA